UGUGGGCUGGCUGGGACAGAGCAUGCUUUCCUGACAGCAGCCUCUAAGAGCUAGAAUUAAUCUGAAGCUCCCAGGACUUGAAGACAGCAGACAGCCCCACACCCUCAGGGACUUCAGAGACCAGAUUUUACUUUUGCGUACUCUCUACACCCAACACCGGGCUCGAACUCACCACCUCGAGAUCAAGAGUCGCACACGCCACCCGACUGAGCCAGCCAGGCACUCCUCAUUUUACCUGUUCUUGAUCUUCGUAGAAAAAGAAUUAUCAACUUUGAAAACCCAGGAAGGCCAGUUUCUGUGUAUGGCUCUGAUGAAUCCCAGUCUGCUCAAUGAAUAAAGCUAACGAUGGAGUCUCUGUACCUUCAUAUUCUGGCCAAUUCUCACCCCAUUUUUGCAACAGAGUGAAAAAUUGGGGUGUGGAUUCACUGAGAGUGCUGUCCAAGCCAUCGACAUCAGCCCUGGUUGAACGUCUGCUUAAUAAGCCUGACAGCAACUAUUCUGAAGCAAUGACAAAAGUAGAAUGAAAGUUUCUAUUUAUUUCUCUCAUUUUUGGGUUGAGAAAUUGGUAUCCUUGAUGCGAUCGUCACUGUAUCUUGUCAGUGCAAAAUGCAUCCUGAGAACUGCCUCCCGAUGAUCCACAUGAACGUGAUAUAAAAUAGUGAAACUCAGUGUGAGACAGAAAAGGCAGCAGGACAAUGUUCUCUAGGAAGUUAACAGCCUGCGUCUCCCUGCCUGCACUAGCUGGAGGGGGAGACAGAAAACAACCAGGAGAGAAAGAGUUUUGAGCAGCAGAGGACAGUCCUUCAAGCAGUCCCGUUCCUGAUCGCCUUUUUCCAAGCGAACUUGGGAAGACCCCCCACAAUGUGGCAGCUUUUAGCAGCAGCCUACUGGAUGCUUCUUCUUGGACCUAUACAUGGUUAUCACAAGAAAGGAGGCAUCACAAAUCCUGAGGCUACUAUGAAUAUUAGCCAGAUUAUUUCCUACUGGGGUUAUCCUUAUGAAGAGUAUGACGUUGUGACCAAGGAUGGUUAUGUCCUCGGAAUUUACAGGAUUCCCCAUGGAAGAGGAUGCCCAAGAAAAACUCCAAAGCCUGUCGUGUAUUUGCAACACGGGUUAAUUGCGUCUGCCAGUAACUGGAUUUGCAACCUUCCGAACAACAGCUUGGCUUUCCUUCUGGCAGAUAUCGGUUAUGACGUGUGGCUGGGGAACAGCCGGGGAAACACCUGGUCCAGAAAACACUUGAAAUUUUCACCCAAAUCACGCGAAUUCUGGGCCUUCAGUUUGGAUGAGAUGGCUAACUACGACCUUCCAGCCACAAUCAAUUUUAUUGCAGAGAAAACGGGACAAGAGCGACUCUACUACGUGGGCCACUCCCAAGGCACCACCAUCGCUUUCAUAGCAUUCUCUACAAAUCCAGAGCUGGCUAAAAGGAUUAAGAUAUUUUUCGCAUUGGCUCCAGUCAUCACGGUGAAAUACACCCAAAGUCCUAUGAAAAAAUUAACAACUCUUAACAGAAAAGUAGUCAAGGCGUUAUUUGGUGACAAGAUGUUCUACCCUCAUACCUUUUUUGACCAAUUCAUUGCCACCAAGGUAUGCAACCGGAAGCUAUUCCGUCAUCUCUGCAGCAACUUCCUGUUUACUUUGAGUGGAUUUGACCCAAAAAACUUAAACAUGAGUCGCUUGGAUGUUUAUUUGGCACAGAGCUCUGCGGGAACAUCUGUGCAGACCAUGCUGCACUGGGCCCAGGCUGCUAAUUCUGGUCUGUUCCAAGCUUUUGACUGGGGAAACCCUGAUGAGAACAUGAUGCACUUUCACCAGCUCACACCUCCCUUGUACAGCGUGACCAAGAUGCAAGUGCCCACAGCUGUGUGGAGCGGAGGACACGACCGUGUGGCUGACCUCAAGGACGUUGAGAAUUUACUGCCCCAAAUUCCCAGGCUUAUUUACUAUAAGUUGAUUCCACACUACAAUCAUGUGGAUUUUUACCUCGGACAGGACGCACCGCAGGAAAUUUACCAAGACCUUAUUAGACUGAUGGACGGAUGUUUGCAAAAUUAAAUAGCUUUCCUUUCUCUAAGCAAGUGGAUUCUUAAAAUAAUACUGUGGCGCCCAGACCCUAUAAGGUGACCGCUUCAAUGAUUUUCACCUCCUAGUGCCCGUGUGUUGGUGUAACCCUCUCCCCUUGAGUGUGGGACGCCCUUGAGACUUGGUUCUGGCCAACAGAAUUGGCAAAGGUAAUGGUGUCACACCCUUGUUUGGAUCACGUUUAUGGCAAAGAACGUCAACUCCUGAUUGCGUCAUAUUAUAGGAGAAUCCAUCAAGCAGACUGGAGAAGAGAUCUCCCUUGUUGGUUUGAUGAAGAGGACAGAUAUGUGGAGGAAGCCUACAUGACCUCUAGGAUCUGUGCCUAUAGCAGAUAACCAGCAAACAACCAGAUUCUCAAUCAUACAGCUGUGAGAUCAAUUACAUCUACAUCCUGGAUGAACUCAAAAGCCCACGAAUCCCCCAGUAAAUCUUCCAGUUGAGAAAGAAGGCUGGCCACCCCUCAUUUGCAGCCCCGGGAGACACCCUGAGCUGCAGGGGACUAGCUGUGCCAUACCCAGACCCACAGCCAGAGUGACAAAAUAAAUGUAUAUUCUUUGAAACCA